GGGAGUCAAAUAAUCCUUGUUCCUUCAAUUUUCACUCAAAACUCUCGUCGACGACCAAAGUAAAUCUCGGCAUCGAUGGCUGAACCAAGCAUUAGAGAUCUCACUAUGGCUCUCGGAUGCAAGCUAUCACUAACGGCUGAGGAAGAUGUUGGGCUAGAUCUCGAUGCUGACGACAUUGGAGAAUACGCUAGCCAGUGUAUGGCGGCCUAUAAAAGGUAUGCAUAUGCAGUUCAUGACAUUUUACAAUAACUAAAGAUCAAUGUUCCAGAUUAGAAUAUAAAAUGGAUCUUUGAGUACAUUGCUGAAUAUAGAAGCAUUGGGGAGGAAGGACACAGGAUUAGAGACCGAGGAAUGAAUGUGCAACCUAUGGUAUCAUGACAACCUCCCCUGGAGAUACUGUUAAGAUCAGUACUGAUACAGCAAUACCACAAGGGCAAAGGCAAAGCCAGGUCUGGAGUUGUCCUCAGGAAGUAGGAACUGUGACAGCAAAGUUAUAGGAGCUGCGCAAAGAACUUGUGGGUUUCAAGGAUUCUUCAAGCUGAGGUUAUGGCUAUUGAUUUCGCAUGGCAUGUGGGCAGAGAAUUUGGACACGGCAAUGUCAUCAUUAAACCAGAUUGUCUUAA